AUGAAAUUAAAUCGAGGUCCAACAAAACGUUUAAUACUUAUUGCAUUAGAUUAUAUGAAAACAAAAGAUCCUCCUAUAUCAUUAGGACAAUCAUCAAUAUUAGCUAAUUUAUAUGAAAAUAAUAUUGAUGUUAUAUCGAAAUCAUAUGCAGUUAAUUUUUCAUCAUUUUAUCCUGAUAAUGUUACAAAUUAUAUAAUGAAAAAUGCAAAUGAAUCAACUGAUGUAGCAUUAGGUGCAUAUAUUUGGAAUGAAAAAUUUUUACAAAUUAUUUUAUCUAAUUUAAAAAAAGAAAAAUAUCCUGGUCGAAUUAUUCUUGGUGGUCCACAAAUAAGUUAUACAAAAAGAAAUUUAGAAAAGUAUUAUCCACAAGUUGAUGUUUUUAUUCGAGGAUAUGGUGAAACUGCUCUUCUUCAAUAUAUGAAACAACAAAUACAAAAUCGUUCUCCACAAAUUCCAGGAAUUCAUUAUGCUGGACAAAUUGACAAAAAUCAAUCAGCAAAAACAAAUUUCAAUGAACUUCCAUCACCAUUUUUAAAUAAUUUAAUUCCAAAUCAAAAUUUUGUUCGUUGGGAAACUCAACGCGGUUGUCCUUUUUCAUGUAGUUUUUGUCAACACCGUGAAUCAUCAAAUUUCACACGAAGACAUUUUCAAUCAACAAGAAUUUCUCAAGAAAUUCAAUGGUUAUGUCAAAAAGAUUCGAAAGUUUUCGAUUUAAAUUUAGUUGAUCCAACAUUUAAUUCAGGUCCAAAUUAUUUAAAUGUUCUUCAACAACUAAUUCAAUAUAAAUAUCGAGGAAAAAUUGCUUUACAAACACGUAUAGAAAUGAUUAAACCUGAAUUUCUUGAUCUUAUUGUUCAAUUAAAUAAAACAGCAAUGGUUGUUUUAGAAUUUGGUUUACAAACAAUUCAUCCCAGUGAACAGAAAUUUAUCGAUCGACCUUCAAAUAUGAAAAAAAUUCAAAGAAUUCUAAAUGAAAUCUAUGAAAGAUCUAUUGCAUGUGAAGUUUCACUUAUUUUUGGUUUACCUGGACAAACAAUCGAUUCAUUUGAAAAAUCAAUUGAAUUUUGUUUGAAACAUCAUGUUGAAAUUAUUCAUGCUUUUCCAUUGAUGUUAUUACGUGGAACACCUUUAUAUGAACAAAAAGAUCAAUUAAAAUUAAUUGAAUCAGAUGAAGGAGUUUGUGAUGAAAUUGAUCGAAUUCAACAAUAUGGAAUUAAACAUGUUGUUUCAAGUCCUACUUUUUCUUAUGAUGAUUGGAGAAAAAUGGCAGAAUUAGCAGGAUAUUUAGAAAUUAAAAAUAAUUCUUACUUAAAAAAAAGAGAUCAAAAUUAUGUUCAACAUCAACAAAAUAUUAACAAACCAAAUCAUUUUACAAAAUAA